AUGCAGUUAUGUGGUUUUGCUGGCCCAUGUGGUAUUCCUAAAAGAUUUAUUUUUAUGCCCGCAACAGGUGGUUUUCCCGAAGAGAUAUUGAAUGAAAUACACUCACAAAAUAUUGUAGUUACAAAUAAUACAAAUGGAUGCCCGGGAGACAUCCUGCGUAGAGAAGAUGAAGAUCAACAAAUAACUUGUGCUGAGUAUCUUAGACAAUAUGAUAUUGCUCAGCUUGCUCAAAUGAUGGCACAUAGUGCUGAAGAAUUUGUGCGUCAUGUCUGGCUCAGAGGCUGGCAAGUAGUUAAUCAUCGUAGUCUUCCUGCAUGGUUACGAGACAAUGAUUUCAUUCUUCAUUAUCACCGUCCUCAGCUGAAUACAUUUUGGGCUUGUUUCAAGUCGAUUUUCAGAGUUCAUACAGAAACUGGAAAUAUCUGGACUCAUUUAUUAGGAUGUGGCAGUUUUUUCGCAAUUGCAGUCUUCAGCUUAGUUCAAUCAGAGGUUUUUAUACAGUGGCAAGAAAAACUUGUAUUUUCUGCAUUCUUUUUUGGUGCAGUUGUCUGCCUUGGAUUUUCAUGUUUAUUUCACACUCUGUCUUGUCAUUCAAAAACUAUUGGGAGACUUUUCAACAGAUUGGACUAUACUGGUAUAGCGUUUCUAAAUAUAGGCUCGUUUAUACCUUACUUAUAUUAUUCCUUUUACUGCAUGCUAUGGGCUAGAUUAUUUUAUAUGAUUCUGGUUGUCGUUCUCGGUACAGCAUCAAUUAUCGUAUCAAUGCAUCCAUCUUUCACUACACCACGUUACCGUCCACUUCGAGCUGGUGUUUUCAUGGGAUUAGGCCUUUCAGCUCUUAUUCCAUGCAUACAUACAAUAAUAUUAGAUGGAUUCCUUAAUUCCAUUUUUCAAGGCUCUUUAGGUUGGCUUGUUCUUAUGGCGAUUUUGUAUUUAAGUGGAGCAACGAUUUACGCUGUCCGUGUACCUGAAAGAAUAUUUCCUGGACGUUUCGAUAUUUGGUUUCAAAGUCAUCAAAUAUUUCAUGUUUUUGUUGUGGCUGCUGCCUUAGUUCAUUAUCAUGGUCUAGUUAAACUGGCCGAUUAUCGUUUAACUGUCGGUGAUUGUAAACCUGUUGGAUUAAGCUUCUAUACAGAUGAAUUUAAAGUUCUUGGAUUGAAUAUAUUCUCAGAAACUGUUUAA